AAGGCCGGUAGUUUCAUGCAGGAAGACAAACUGCCGCAAGUCAGAACAGCAAUUUGCUGCUGCCCAUGGCUUAUCUGGCGAGUCAAUAGAUUAAAAACACUCGGUCGAUGCAUGUCUGGUCACUCCCAUAACCAUGGCCAUGGUUGCGGCCACGAAGCCACAGAUGUAGAUCAUGCUCUCGAAAUGGGAAUUGAAUACAGCUUAUAUCAAAAAAUCGACAUGGAAAAUAUGGAAUGUUUGAAUGAGGAAUGUGAUGGCGAUGGUAAAAAAGUUUUCAAGCCCUACGAAGAAAGGUUGGAUGUAACAAAGUAUGUUCAAAGCGAUGCAGAUGAGGAACUAUUGUUUAAUAUACCAUUUACUGGCAACAUAAAACUAAAAGGCAUUAUAGUAGCUGGUGCCAAUGAUGAUUCACAUCCUAGUAAAAUGAGAUUGUUUAAAAAUCGCCCAAAAAUGACAUUUGAUGAUGCCCAAUCUAAAGCUGAUCAAGAAUUCGAACUAACACGAGAUAGUAGAGGUGAAGUGGAAUAUUCCCCCAAAGUAGUUACCUUUUCAUCUGUUCAUCAUUUGUCAAUACACUUCCCUUCGAACUUUGGUGAAGAUAAUACAAAGAUUUAUUAUAUAGGUCUACGAGGUGAAUUCAGUGAAGCCCAUCAUCAUGGUGUUACAAUAUGCACAUAUGAGGCUCGUCCAAAUGUUAGUGAUCAUAAAAAUGAGGCAUUUGAUGCUGUAAACAGGACGAUACAAUAGGAACAGAAAAAAAUGAAUCUGGUAUAUGUAUUUAGAAUAAAAAAAGAACAAAAAAAAAAUAAAAGUAAACAAAUUUUUGAAAUUCCCAA